AUGCAAAUUUUUUUUUUUUCCUCCACAGAUGAAAUCAUGCAUCAGGAUAUCAUUCCCCUCUAUGCUGCAGAUAUUCAGGACCAGUUAAAGAAACAAUUUGCUUACCUGUCAGGUGGAAGAGGGGAAGAUGGAUGCCCUGUUAUCACCUUUCCAGACUAUCCAGCUUUCAGUGAGAUACCCGAGAAGGAGUUCCAGAAUGUCCUGACCUACCUGACGAGUAUCCCAAGUUUACAAGAUGCUGGAAUUGGAUUUAUUCUUGUCAUAGAUCGCAGACAGGACAAAUGGACCUCUGUGAAAGCUUCUAUACUGCGGAUAGCAGCAUCUUUCCCAGGAAACCUGCAGCUAGUCCUCGUUCUGCGCCCAGCAGGACUUUUUCAUCGAGCUCUCUCGGAUAUUGCUUUCAAGUUCAACAAAGAUGAGUUUAAAAUGAAAGUACCUAUCAUAAUGCUGGGCUCAGUAUCAGAACUGCAAGGUUACAUUGAUAAAACACAAUUAACAGAAGAUCUUGGUGGCACCCUGGAUUACUGCCAUAACAGAUGGCUGUCCCAUCGCACUGCUAUAGAAGGUUUCGCCCAAAAGGUUAAGCAAACAGCUCAGAUUCUUCAGUCCUUUGGGACUGAGCUGGCUGAAACAGAACUACCAAAUGAUGUGCAAUCAACCAGCUCCCUUCUUGCAACACACACAGAAAAGAAGGACAAAAUGAAGGAGGAUAUCAGGUUAGCAGUAGAACAGGGAGAUGAUAUCCUUGGAAGUAUUACAAAACCAGUUACUGAGAAUCCUGAAUACAAACUGAAUCAAGAUCAGCUAGACAAUCAAACAACGGUAGAAAGGCUUCUGGCUCAAUUACAUGAAACGGAGACUGCCUUUGAUGAGUUUUGGAUUAAGCAUCAGCAAAAACUUGAGCAGUGUCUGCGCCUUCGGAAUUUUGAACAGAAUUUCAGAGAGGUCAAAGGAGCUUUGGAUAUCGUGUCCGACAGACUGUCUGCUUUCACAGAUGUGGGAAACAGCUGUUCACAUGCAGAGCACAUUUUGAAAGAUCUUGCCAACUUUGAAGAAAAAUCAUGUGAAACAAUAGCAAAAGCCAGAAUGCUAGCCUCAGAGGGUGAUGCUUUUAUUCAAAGCAAUCAUUAUGCUGUGGACUCCAUUAUUCCAAAAUGCAGUGAACUUCAUCAUCUCUGUGAUGCCUUCACUACUGAGACAGAACGGAGGAGGAAUCUUCUUAACAAAUCUCUAGAAUUGCAUGGCUUACUAGAAAAGUCUAUGAAGUGGUGCGAUGAAGGAAUUUAUCUGCUGGCUUCACAGCCGGUAGAUAAGUGUCAGUCUCAGGAUGGUGCAGAAUCAGCAUUACAGGAGAUUGAGAAAUUCCUGGACACUGGUGCAGGCAAUAAAAUCAAGGAGUUGAAUAAAAUAUACAGAGAGUAUGCACACAUCCUCAAUGAAGACCUAAAGGAGCAUGUGCAAAAGGUUUUCCAGAAGCAAGAAAGUAUGGAAGAAAUGUUUCAAAAGAGACAAGUAAGCCUUAAGAAACUGGCAGCUAAGCAGACACGUCCUGUUCAGCCAGUUGCACCAAGACCUGAAGCCUUUGUAAAAUCUCCUUGUACCUCUCCAGGUCUUCAAAGAGAAUACGUAUCCAACUCGGAAAGCAGUGCGCUUCGGAGGGUAAACUACAGACGAGGAAAGAGUGAAAUGACUGAACUCCAUCAAAGCAGAGGAGGAUCUACAAUGGAUGAUGAAGAAAACCUAGCUGUGUUGCGGCAGCAUGUGAUUAAUGAACUUAUUGAGACUGAACGAGCAUAUGUGGAAGAACUUCUCUGCGUUCUUGAG